ACAUCAUCCUUACCUACAACAAGUACAGCUCAAUCUACAACCCUGGUUACAACAAACUCACCUAUAACUACAUCACAGGUUACAAUUACAGCCCCUCCUACAGAAACAACAACAAAACUUACAUCUACAGCUGAACCAACAACCACAACUGAUUCAUCAUCUACAGCUGAACCAACAACCACAACUGAUUCAUCAUCUACAACAGAACAAUCAACUACAUCUGAACACAGCACCACAACGCAGACAGCAACAACAUCCCUAUCUACAACAAGUACAGCUCAAUCUACAACUGAGGUUACAACAAACUCACCUACAACUGCAACUCUGCUUACAACUCCAGGCCCUCCUACAGAAACAACAACAACACAACUUACAUCUACGGCUGAACCAAUAAUCACAACUGUUUUAACAUCUACAACAGAACAAUCAACUACAUCAGAACAAAGCACCACAACACAGAUGGCAACAAUAUCCCUACUUACAACAAGUACAGCUCAAUCUACAAGUGAGGUUACAACAAACUCACCUACAACUGCAACUCUGCUUACAACUCCAGGCCCUCCUACAGAAACAACAACAACACAACUUACAUCUACAACUGAACUAACAACCACAACUGCUUCAUCAUCUACACCUGAACCAACAACCACAACUGUUUUAACAUCUACGACAGAACAAUCAACUACAUCUGAACACAGCACCACAACGCAGACGGCAACAACAUCCCUAUCUACAACAAGUACAGCCCCAUCUACAACUGAGGUUACAACAAACUCACCUACAACUGCAACUUUGCUUACAACUCCAGGCCCUCCUACAGAAACAACAACAACACAACUUACAUCUACGGCUGAACCAAUAAUCACAACUGUUUUAACAUCUACAACAGAACAAUCAACUACAUCAGAACAAAGCACCACAACACAGAUGGCAACAAUAUCCCUACUUACAACAAGUACAGCUGAAUCUACAACUGAGGUUACAACAAACUCACCUACAACUGCAACUCUGCUUACAACUCCAGGCCCUCCUACAGAAACAACAACAACACAACUUACAUCUACAACUGAACUAACAACCACAACUGCUUCAACAUCUACAACUGAACAAUCAGCUACAUCUGAACAAAGCACCCCAAUGCAGACAACAACAUCAUCCCUACCUACAACAAGUACAGCUCAAUCUACAACCCUGGUUACAAAAAACUCGCCUACAACUACAUCGCAGGUUACAACUUCAGCCCCUCCUACAGAAACAACAACACAACUUACAUCUUCUGCUGAACCAACAACCACAACUGUUUUAUCAUCUACAAAUGAACCAACAACCACAACUGAUUCAUCAUAUACAACUGUACUAACAACCACAACUGCUUCAACAUCUACAACUGAACAAUCAACUACAUCUGAACACAGCACCACAACGCAGGCGGCAACAACAUCCCUAUCUACAACAAGUACAGCUCAAUCUACAACUGAGAUUACAACAAACUCACCUACAACUGCAACUCUUCUUUCAACUCCAGGCCCUCCAACAGAGACAACGCAACUUACAUCUACUUCUGAACCAACAACCACAACUGCUUCAACAUCUAAAACUGAACAGUCAACUACAUCUGAACAAAGCACAACAACAGAGACAGCAACAACAUCACCACCACCUACCACAAGUUCAGCACAAUCGACAACUGAGGUUACAACAAACUCACCUACAACUGCAACUCUUCUUACAACUCCAGGCCCUCCAGCAGAGACAACGCAACUUACAUCUACUGCUGAACCAAAAACCACAACUGCUUCAACAUCUAAAACUGAACAGUCAACUACAUCUGAACAAAGCACCCCAAUGCAGACAACAACAUCAUCCCUACCUACAACAAGUACAGCUCAAUCUACAACCCUGGUUACAACAAACUCACCUACAACUACACCUCGGGUUACAACUACAGCCCCUCCUACAGAAACAACAAAACUUACAUCUACUGCUGAACCAACAACCACAACUGCUUCAUCAUCUACAAAUGAACUAAUAACCACAACUGCUUCAUCAUCUACAACUGAACAAUCAACUACAUCUGAAAAAAGCACCACAAUGCAGACAGUAAAAACAUCCCUACCUACAAGUACAGCUCAAUCUACAACUGAGGUAACAACAAACUCACCUACAACUGCAUCUCUGCUUACAACUACAGCCCCUCCUAUAGAAACAACAACAACACAAUUUACAUCUGCGGUUGAACCAACAACCACAACUGUUUUAACAUCUACAACUCAACCAACAACCACAACUCCGUCAACGUCUACAACUGAACAAUCAACUACAUCUGAACAAAGCACCACAAUGCAGACAGCAACAACUACUCUACCUACAACAAAUACAGCUCAAUCUACAACCCUGGUUACAACAAACUCAGCUAUACCUACAUCUCAGGUUACAACUACAGCCCCUUCAACAGAAAUAACAGAAACACAACUUACAUCUACGGCUGAACCAACAACCACAACUUUUUUAACAUCUACAACUGAACCAAUAACCACAACUGUUUUAAUAUCUACAACAGAACAAUCAACUACAUCAGAACAAAGCACCACAACACAGAUAGGAACAAAAUCCCAACCUACAACAAGUAUAGCUCAAUCUACAACUGAGGUUUCAACAAACUCACCAAGAACUACAUUUCAAGUUACAACUACAGGCCCUCCUAAAGAAACAACAACAACAAAACUUACAUCUAUUGCUGAACCAACAACCACAAUUGCUGCAACAUCUACAACUGAACAAUCAACAACAUCUGAACACAGCACCACAAUGCAGACAGCAACAACAUCCAUACCUACAACAAGUACAGCUCAAUCUACAACUGAGGUUUCAACAAACUCACCUAGAACUGCAACUCUGCUUACAACUACAGCCCCUCCUACAGAAACAACAAUAACACAACUUAUAUCUACAGCUGAACCAACAACCACAACUUCUUUAUCAUCUACAAUUAAACAAUCAACUACACCUGAACAAAGCACCGCAACACAGGCAUCAACACCAUCCUUACCUUCAACAAAUACAGCACAAUCUACAAACCUGGUUACAACAAACUCACCUACAACUACAUCUCGGGUUACGACUACAGCCCCUCCUACAGAAACAACAACAAGAAAACUUACAUCUACGGAUGGAUCAACAACCACAACUGCUUCAUCAUCUACAACUGAAGAAUCAACUACAUCUGAACAAAGUGCCCCAACACAGACAUCAACAUCUUCCUUACCUACAUCUCGGUUUACAACUACAGCCCCUCCUACAGAAACUACAACAGGAAAACUUACAUCUACAGCUGAACCAAAAACCACAACUUCUUCUUCAUCUACAACUGAACAAUCAACUACAUCUGAACAAAGCACCCUAACACAGACAUCAACAUCACCCUUACCUUCAACAAAUACAGCUCAGACUACAACCCUGGUUACAACAAACUCACCUACAACUACAUCUCGGGUUACGACUACACCCCCUCCUACAGAAACAACAUCAAGAAAACUUACAUCUACGGCUGAACCAACAACCACAGCUACUUCAACAUCAACAACAGAACAAUCAACUACAUCUCAACACAGCACCACAAUGAAGACAGCAACAACAUCCCUACCUAUCACAAGUACAGCUCAAUCUACAUCUGAGGUUUCAACAAACUCACCUACAACUGCAACUCUGCUUACAACUAGAGCCCCUCCUACAGAAACAACACAACUUACAUCUACGGGUAAACCAACAACCACAACUGUUUUAAAAUCUACAACUGAACCAACAACAACAACUGUUUUAAGAUCUACAACUGAACCAACAACUACAACUGUUUUAACAUCUACAACUGAACAAUCAACAACACCUGAACAAAGCACCACAAUGCAGACAACAACAACAUCCUUACCUACAAAAAAUACACCUCAAUCUACAACCGUGGUUACAGCAAACUCACUUACAAGUACAUCUCAGUUUACAACCACAGCCCCUCCUACAGAAACAACAACACAACUUACAUCUAUGGCUGAACCAACAACGACAACUGUUUUAACAUCUACAACAGAACAAUCAACUACAUCUGAACAAAGCACCACAAUGCAGUCAACAACAACAUCCCUACCUACAACAAGUACAGCUCAAUCCACAACUGAGGUUACAACAAACUCACCUACAACUGCAACUCUGUUUACAACUACAGCCCCUCCUAUAGAAACAACAACCACACAACUUACAUCUACAGCUGAACCAACAACCACAACUGCGUCAACAUCUACAACUGAAAAAUCAACUAUACCCGAACAAAGCACCACAACACAGACAGCAACAACAUCCCUACAUACAACAAGUACAGCUCAAUCUACAACCCUGAUUUCAACAAACUCAGCUACACCUACAUCUUGGGUUACAAUUACAGCCCCUCCUACAGAAACAACAACAACACAACUUACAUCUACAGCUGAACCAACAACCAUAACUGUUUUAACAUCUACGGCUGAACCAACAACCACAACUGUUUUAACAUCUACAACAAAACAAUCAAUUACAUCCCAACACAGCACCACAACACAGACAGCAACAACAUACCUACCUACAACAAGUACAGCUCAAUCUACAACCCUGGUUACAACAAACAUGACUGUUACAUCAAGCUCAGCUACACAAACGACACAAUUCUGCUUAAAAGUGACACAACAGCUGAUACAAUACUGCUCAGCAACAACUGAAACUCUGUCUACAACCACUGCCAAACCUACACAAAAACCUGACUCAACAAACUCACCUUCAUCUGCAACAACAGAAUCUAUGACUGUUACAAUAAACUCAGUCCCUUCCACAGAAACAACAACAACAACAACACAACUUACAUCUACGGCUGAACCAACAACUACAACCAGAGCUCAAUCAACAACAACCCCAGGCACAACCCAGACAGUUUUUGUUAGUUUUUCCAGCAGUGAAAUUUUUGUCUCUGAUCUGUCAAAUCCAGCUUCAGAAGCAUAUAAAAACAGAGAAAAGAAUGUCAACGAUACGUUGACACCAUUCUUUAGAAAUGCAUUGCCCUCCUUCAAAGGACUGGCAGUUAUUCAGUUCCGUAAUGGGUCAAUCAUCACUGAUAUGAAUGUGACAUUUGGAACCUUACCCAGUGAUGUUGAGAUAGAAAACACUAUUAUGAAAGCUAAUGCCACUCUCAGUAUCACCAGUGUAACAAUAUGGAAGCCCUUCACCACAACUACCAAAGCCACUACAACCAGUUCCACUACAAUUACAACUACAACCACACCUAACACAACAACAGCAGCAGCAACAACAACAACCACAACAUCUACUGCCAAUCCUAUUACAACAGCAACAACAACAACCACAACAUCUACUGUCAAUCCGAAUACAACAGCAUCAACAGCAACCACAACAUCUACUGCCAAUCCUAUUACAACAGCAACAACCACAACCACAACAUCUACUGUCAAUCCUAAUACAACAGCAUCAACAGCAACCACAACAUCUACUGUCAAUCCUAAUACAACAGCAUCACUAGCAACCACAACAUCUACUGCCAAUCCUAUUACAACAGCAACAACAACAACCACCACCACAACAUCUACUGUCAAUCUUAAUACAACAGCAUUAACAGCAACCACAACAUCUACUGCCAAUCCUAUUACAACAUCAACAACCACAACAUCUACUGCCAAUCUUAAUACAACAGCAUCAACAGCAACCACAACAUCUACUGCCAAUCUUAAUACAACAGCAUCACCAGCAGCAACCACAACAUCUAAUGUCAAUCCGAAUACAACAGCAUCAACAGCAACCACAACAUCUACUGUCAAUCCAAAUACAACAGCAUCAGCAGCAACCACAACAUCUACUGUCAAUCCUAAUACAACAGCAUCAACAGCAACCACAACAUCUACUGUCAAUCCUAAUACAACAGCAUCAACAGCAACCACAACAUCUACUGUCAAUCCUAUUACAAUAGCAACAACAACCACAACAUCUACUGCCAAUCUUAAUACAACAGCAUCAACAGCAACCACAACAUCUACUGUCAAUACUAAUACAACAGCAUCACCAGCAACCACAACAUCUACUGUCAAUCCUAAUACAACAGCAUCAACAGCAACCACAACAUCUACUGCCAAUCCUAUUACAACAACAGCAACAGCAACAACAACAACCACAACAUCUACUGCCAAUCCUAAUACAACAGCAUCAACAACAACCACAACAUCUACUGUCAAUCAGAAUACAACAAUAUCAACAGCAACCACAACAUCUAUUGUCAAUCCUAAUACAACAGCAUCACCAGCAACCACAACAUCUACUGUCAAUCCUAAUACAACAGCAUCAACAGCAACCACAACAUCUAUUGUCAAUCCUAUUACAAUAGCAACAACAACCACAACAUCUACUGCCAAUCUUAAUACAACAGCAUCAACAGCAACCACAACAUCUACUGUCAAUCCUAAUACAACAGCAUCACCAGCAACCACAACAUCUACUGUCAAUCCUAAUACAACAGCAUCAACAGCAACCACAACAUCUACUGCCAAUCCUAUUACAACAACAGCAACAGCAACAACAACAACCACAACAUCUACUGCCAAUCCUAAUACAACAGCAUCAACAACAACCACAACAUCUACUGCCAAUCCUAAUACAACAGCUUCACCAGCAACCACAACAUCUACUGCCAAUCCUAUUAUAACAGCAACAACAACAACCACCACCACAACAUCUACUGCCAAUCUUAAUACAACAGCAUCAACAGCAACCACAACAUCUACUGUCAAUCCUAAUACAACAGCAUCACCAGCGACCACAACAUCUAUUGUCAAUCCUAUUACAACAGCAACAACAACAACCACAGCAUCUACUGCCAAUCCUAAUACAACAGCAUCAUCAACAACAACAACCACAACAUCUACUGCCAAUCUUAAUACAACAGCAUCAACAGCAACCACAACAUCUACUGCCAAUCCUAAUACAACAGCAACCACAGCAUCUACUGUCAAUCCUAAUAAAACAGCAACCACAACAUCUACUAUCAAUCCUAAUACAACAGCAUCACCAGCAACCACAACAUCUACUGCCAAUCCUAACACAACAGCAUCAACAGCAACCACAACAUCUACUGCCAAGCCUAAAACAACAGCAUCAACAGCAACCACAACAUCUACUGCCAAUCCUAAUACAACAGCAUCAACAGCAACCACAACAUCUACUGCCAAUCCUAAUACAACAGCAACAACAACAACAACAGCAACCACAACAUCUACUGUCAAUCCUAAUACAACAGCAUCAACAGCAACCACAACAACAACCACAACAUCUACUGCCAAACCUAAUACAACUGUAACAACAACACCCACAACAACAACAACAACAACAACAAAAACAACAACAACAACAACAUCUACUGCCAAUCCUAAAACAACAGCAACAACAACCACAAUAACAACAGCAGCAACCACAACAGCAGCACCAGCACGUCCUCAGCCAACUGUUGCCAUACAGAUUGUCAUUAUAGAGGUGUUUGUUCCAGCACUGAAAGACCCUCAAACUCCGGAAUUUAAAAGCCUAGCCACAAAAGUAGAGACUAUGUUUGAUGAAGUCUAUAAGAAAAAGUUUGGACCUCGUUUCAUCAGGACCAUCGUGAUUGCUUUCAUAGCUGUUGCCAGGACCCGGGCAGACUCAAACGUACAGGCGGAGGUUAAGUUAGUGUUUAGUGAAGUGUCCACUGAACCAAUCCCCAGCAACACCGACAUUGUGGAGACUCUAAAAGAAGCAGCUGCUAAUUCAACUGGAGGCUUCAACCUCACCCUUGAUGCCACCUCUAUUACUGUCAUUAAAUCAGUGCAGAUAAUUCCGCUGACCAUCCUCACCAAUGGAACCUUUGUGGCUGCUCUUUCAAAUAAAAGUUCUACUGAAUUUCAGAACAGGGCUUCGAUGAUAAAAACAGGGCUCGAACCUUUUUUCCUGACUGAUUACCCUGCAUCAUUCAGCACCAUAUCCGUAACAAACUUCAGUGAUGCCAGUGUAAAAUUAAAGAGUGUGCCCAAGAUCCAAAACAGCAUGGAUGUUGUAUUUGGAGCGGACGCUGCUCUACCCAAUAGCACCCAGAUAGUGAACACUGUAGUUCGAGCAGCCAGAAACAACACAUUACCCUUCCAGAUCUUCACUUCUUCAAUUAUAAUAAAUGGAACAGAAUAUUCAUCAGGUGAAGUCAGCAGCAGGAUCAGUGUGUUGACCACUUCGUUCCUGGUUAUGGUGUCACUUCUGGUUCCAUGGUUUAACUGACCUUAACCACUCAUGACAAGAUAACUGAUUCAGCCACUCUGAAUCUUGCCUUUUAUGUCUGUUCAAAUGAAGGACUCAACUUAAGGAUGAAUGUAGCUAGUGAUGCUAUUUAAUUAGUAGGAAUGAAAGUAAAAAUGUAAAUAAUCCUAUUCUCAGCACUUUAAACUAGAUCAAAACAAUAAUGGAUUCCAAAUCAGUUCUGGAUCUGUAUGUAAACAAUCAGUAUUGUAUAAAGCACUAUAUAAAUAAAGGCAAAUAUAAAUGUAUAUAAA